AGAGGAGGUUGCCUGCCUGACUUCUCCCUCUCCCUCUUACAUGAUAGGCCUAGAGAAGUGUCUGCACCUCUAUCCCUGCCAGGCAAAGGCAGAGCCACCCCUUGGGGGACUUGGGAAAAGUCAGUGGUCCCUGCCCAACUCUAUGUUCAUAAUCUGUCUCCUUUAAUUCUGCAGGUGUUGAAGAGCCAUGGACAAGAAUACCUUGUUGGCAACAGGCUGACCAGGGUGGACAUUCACCUGCUGGAACUUCUCCUCUAUAUUGAAGAACUUGACUCCAGUCUUCUGGCCCCUUUCCCCCUGCUGAAGGCCCUGAAGAGCAGACUCAGCAGCCUGCCCAAUGUGAAGAAGUUCCUACAGCCUGGCAGCCAGAGAAAGCCUCCCAUUGAUGCAAAACAACUCGAAGAGGCGAAGAAGAUUUUCAAUACUAAGUAAAGCUGCAUUGAGAGAGCCCACAGACACCAGUCUCUGGGGUUUUUAAAUAAUAAACAGCAAUUGUUCAUCCUGGUAUUUGAGAAAAUGAACAUGAACAAGGGAUAUAUGUAUGGAAUGUGUUCAACUUGUUGACCUGGGAUUGCAGGAUCACAUUCCAAGAAGGCAAAUAAUAGUCAUUACAAAUAAGAGCAAAGCUUGUAAAAAUAAGGAAAAACUAAGUAAAAAGGACACUAACAAGAGAAAAGAAGUGACUAAAAUAUUUGUAGAAUUAGCCAAAAAAAUAAAGGUAACAUUAAUUACAAGAGAAAGAAAUAAAAAUGAAAAAAAUAGAAUAAAAAAUAAAGAAAAAAAUUGAGGUCUAAAAAAAAGAGUGCAAUUAGGGGAGAAGGAAUUGGAUAACUAGUGUAAAGAUAUUUUAAAGAAAGAAAAAACACCAGAGACAACAAAAUUAAAUAUUUAAAAUAGUGAGGGCAAAUCUGGAGAGCAGGCUCACAAGUGACAUGCACUGGUUUUUCUUGGAGAGGACCAGGUUAGGUGCCCAGCAUCUCCAUGACAUCUCACAACCAUGUGUAACUUCAGCUCCAUAGAACCUGAUGUCAUCUUCAGACCUCUGUGGUCACUGUUCACCUGUGAUAUACAUACAUAUAUUUACUCAAAACACCUCCACAUGUAAAAUAAAAAUUAAAAAUACUUUAAUAGUAAAAAUAGAGAGCAAAAUACACAUUCAAGCAAAAUAACAAUAACAUAAAAUAUCUUUGAAAAGUUUCUGUCUUUAGCUGGGUGUGUUGGCACAUGCCUUUAAUCCCAGCACUUGGGAAGCAGAGCUACAUGGAUCUUUGUGAAGUCUCAAGGCCAUCCUGAUCUACAUAGUGAGUUCCAGGACAGCUAGAGCUACAGAAUAGUGAUGCCUGUGUCAAAUGAAUAAAUAAAGGAUAAAUAAAUUCUGUCCUUGCCCCACUG